AAAAGUCUUCGGGAUACUUCCGGGCAGCUUAACUUUGUGUUGCUGGAAGUUUGGGAAGAGCUGACAGCGCUGGAUAUUUCAACCGCGCGGAGAAUCUCGAUUAUUAAUGGAUUAUCGGGAGUUUAUAGAUGAGGUUUAAUAUCUGGGGUUAGUGUAGAUCAGCGCGGUGAUCAGUAUUAUCCGGGUUUAGUGUAGAUCAGCGCCGGGGCUCGAGCUCUGAGUGUGAUCCGGCCAGCGGCUCAGUUUCACUAUAAAAUACAGCAUUAAAACUCUGUUUAAUCAGAGUGUUUAUUAAUAUUAAUUAAUAUUACAGAUAUAAAUCGGGGUUAUUAGAUUACUGACGAGUUUGAGCUGGUUCUGAGGGUGGUUUUAAUGUUUAGGCAGCUUUUAGUGGGAGGAGGAGACACGUCACUGAUCAGGGAUCAGAUAAAGUUUAACUGCAGGAGUUUAAUAGAUUAAUAUAAAAGUUUACUAAGGAGAUAAAGAAAGAUUAUUUAAUUAGUUUAAUUAGAAGAAAUAGAGAGAUUAAUGUAGAGAUGGGUUCUCUGUUAAAUUGAAGGAUUUUAUUAGAUUAAUCUGGUUUAUUCUGGGUUGAGAUUGUAGAAAUUAAAGGGUUUAAUAAGGAGAUAAAUAGAGAUUAAUGUAGAGAUGGGUUCUCUGUUCCGGGGAGAGGAGAUGUGUCUGGCUCAGCUCUUCCUCCAGUCCGGCUCUGCUUAUGACUGUAUCAGUGAACUGGGAGAACUGGGGCUGGUGGAGUUCAGAGAUCUGAACCCGAGUGUAAACGCUUUCCAGCGCAAGUUUGUCAAUGAGAUCAAGAAAUGUGAGGAGAUGGAGAGAAUUCUGGUGUAUCUGCUGAGGGAGAUUAAGAAGGCUGAUAUAGCUCUGCCGGAGGGAGAGGUGAACCCGGUGGCGCCGUUACCCAAACAUGUGAUGGAGAUAAUGGAGCAGCUGCAAAGGCUGGAGUCGGAGCUGAGUGAAGUCACCAGAAACAAAGAGAAACUCCAGAAGAACCUCCUGGAGCUGACGGAGUACACACACAUGCUGCGCAUCACCCGCAACUUCGUACACCGCAACGCUGAGAGGGAGCAGGUUCAGCCGCAGUAUGAAGAAUUUCCCUUCUUGGAAAAAGAGAGUAUGAUGGAUUACAGCAGCAUGCAGAGACUCGGAGCCAAACUCGGGUUUAUCUCGGGGCUGAUUCAGAGGGGGAAGAUCGAGGCGUUUGAGCGUAUGCUGUGGAGAGUGUGUAAAGGCUACACCAUCCUCAGUUAUGCAGAGAUUGAUGAAUUCCUGCAGGACCCGUACACUGGCGAACCUACCAGAAGCGUGGUCUUCCUCAUCUCUUACUGGGGAGAUCAGAUCGGACAGAAAGUGAAGAAGAUCUGCGACUGCUACCACUGCCACCUGUACCCGUAUCCCAACAGUAAUGAGGAGCGGGCGGACGUGGUGGAGGGUCUCCGCACUCGCAUUCAGGACCUCCACACUGUUCUGCACAGGACGGAGGAGUACCUGAGGCAGGUGCUGAAUAAAGCCUCAGAGUCGGUGUUCACGUGGGGGAUCCAGGUGAAGAAGAUGAAGGCCAUCUACCACAUCCUCAACCUCUGCAGCUUCGACGUCACCAAUAAGUGCCUCAUCUCUGAGGUGUGGUGCCCCGUCAAUGACCUGCCCGCCCUGCGGAGGGCGCUAGAGGAGGGCUCGAGAAAAAGUGGAGCAACCGUUCCCUCAUUCGUCAACCGGAUCCCCAGCAGCGACACCCCGCCCACACUCAUCCGGACCAAUAAAUUCACCUCCGGCUUCCAGAACAUAGUGGACGCUUAUGGAGUGGGCAGCUACAGGGAGGUUAAUCCAGCUCCGUACACCAUUAUCACAUUCCCCUUCCUGUUCGCGGUGAUGUUUGGUGAUCUGGGUCACGGGAUCGUCAUGGCGCUGUUCGCCCUCUGGAUGGUUCUGUAUGAGAACGACCGCAAACUGAAGAAAACCAGAAACGAGAUCUGGAACACGUUUUUUGAGGGACGGUAUAUGAUCUUAAUGAUGGGGAUCUUCUCAAUCUACACUGGAUUAAUUUAUAACGACUGCUUCUCCAAAUCCCUCAACCUGUUCGGAUCCGGGUGGAGCGUUAAAGCCAUGUUUGAUCAGGGACAGUGGGAGACAAAGACCCUUAACACCAACAGCUUCCUCACACUCAACCCCAACAUCACCGGGGUCUUCAACGGACCCUACCCGCUCGGCAUCGAUCCAAUUUGGAACAUGGCUUCAAACAGGCUGUCGUUCCUCAACUCCUAUAAGAUGAAGAUGUCGGUGAUUUUAGGGAUCAUUCACAUGAGCUUUGGGGUCGUUCUGGGCGUCUUCAACCACCUGCACUUCAGGAGGACGUACAGCGUGUACCUGGUGUUCCUGCCGGAGCUGCUGUUCCUGCUGUGUCUGUUUGGGUAUCUGGUGUUUAUGAUUAUUUAUAAAUGGUUGGCGUUCGGCGCCCACGACUCUGAGAAAGCCCCCAGCAUCCUCAUCCACUUCAUCAACAUGUUCCUCAUGAUGGGCGACUCAGGACCGCCCCUCUACCCCGGACAGGCAGGGCUGCAGGUGUUUCUGAUGCUGGUAGCUGUGCUCAGUGUCCCUGUGCUGCUGCUGGGGAAACCCCUCUACCUCUACUGGCUUCAUAAGGGCAGGAACCGCAUGGGCAUGUACCGGGGGUAUGAGCGAGUGCGGCGCAGCAGUGAGGAGGAUAUCUCUCUGAUGAGAGCUCAUGAUUUAGAAGAAGGUAACAGUCUGGACAGCCAUUCCAGCAGCUCCGACGGCCAAUCAGAAGAGUUUGAUUUUGCAGACGUGUUCCUGCACCAGUCCAUCCACACUAUAGAGUACUGCCUGGGCUGCAUCUCCAACACUGCGUCCUACCUGAGACUGUGGGCUCUCAGCCUGGCACACGCCCAGCUGUCAGAGGUGCUGUGGGCGAUGGUAAUGCGUGUAGGUCUUCGUGUAGACACCAGAGUGGGGGUUCUGUUUCUGGUGCCGGUCUUUGGUCUCUUCGCCGUCCUCACCGUCUCCAUCCUGCUGGUGAUGGAGGGUCUCUCAGCCUUCCUCCACGCACUGCGCCUCCACUGGGUGGAGUUUCAGAAUAAGUUCUACAGUGGUGCUGGUACCAAGUUCUCUCCGUUCGCUUUUUCACUCUUACACUCCAGCUUUGAGACUGAUGGACUGAUGUGAGAACGCUGCACCCCCACCCCUCUCACUCGUUCACUCUUCUCACACUCGUUCACUCUUCCCUCGCUCCAGCCUGAAGAGUGUCAGCGCUGCAGAAGCUUCAGUGCAGUGUAUGAUGUUCUGAUGUUAAUUAUGUAAUUAUUAUGUAUAUGAAGUGAUUGCACUGUGAACUUUUUGCCUUCUUACACACACACACACACACACACACAUACAUAACAAAACAUACACUUACACACAGCAGCAUACACACAGAUUACUUGCUAGGAAACUAGAAAAAUCAUUAGGACCUGACCGAUAGCGUAACGAUAAAUAGUGACCAUCAAUCAUUUGUCCAAAAUCUACAGUAGAAAAAAAAUCAUUAAUUUAAGAAAACAGAAUUAUUGUCUUUUAAUGUAUUCAUUAACAUAUCAUGAACUCCGCAAGUGCUUUUUUUCACCAUUUCAGUCUUUUGCAGAAUGUUUUUUGUGCACUCCUAUUUAAAAAAACAGUCAUUUUCACCCUAAUUAACAAGAAUUCAAUGAUCCAACAUAUUAGAGUAAUUUUUAGAGCCGAUUUCGAAAGCGCAGCGACUCGGUUCUGAUACAUCAGCUCACAGAUGCAGCCUUGUGCUGAUCUACAUCACCCUAGGAGUGAUAAUGGUAAAGAAAGAGCGCCAUCUACUGGACCCACCCAGAGAGAGCAAGACCAACUGUGCUCUCUCGGGGCUCCGGCAGCUGAUGGCAAGCUGCAUGACCGGGAUUCGAACCUGAUUCACUAACAUUCCAAAUCUCAGAAACAUCACACAAUUGGUUCAUAUCGGUCUGUAUAACAUCAUCUUAUGGACAUCAGGUCAUUAAUACAUUAUUAAUACAGUGUGCGUUUGUACUGCUGCUGCUGCUGUGCGGUAUAGUGUGUUAUAUAUAUUUAUAUAAGUGUGUCUGAGUGUACGUUUGUGUGUAUAGAAGUUUUAUAAUCCAACCAAAUGUUGCCUAUUGUUUUAAAGGGGGGCGUGAGACCCCCCCCCCCACUGCACUGCUCAUUCCACAAGUGCUGAUGACAUCAUGGAGUAUUUUUGUUAAGUCUGUGUAUAUAAAUAUAAAUGAGCUGUAUGUAUUUUCUUAAGGCAUUUGGAUACCAGGAACAUCAGCAUUCUAACAAGUAUUAGGACUGAGCAUCUCAUUCUAUUAUAUAAAUAUAAAAAAUAUAUAGCUCUGUAAACAAUGAAGAGAGCACUUCAGUUUCUAAAUCAGUUUCUCUGAUUUUACUAUUUAUAGGUUUAUGUUUGAGUAAAAUGAACAUUGUUGUUUUAUUCUAUAAACUACAGACAACAUUUCUCCCAAAUUCCAAAUAAAUAUAUUCUCAUUUAGAGCAUUUAUUUACAGAAAAUGAGAAAUGUCUGAAAUAACAAAAAAAAAAAGAUGCAGAGCUUUCAGACCUCAAAUAAUGCAAAUAAAACAAGUUCAUAUUCAGAAAGUUUUAAAUAAAGUUCAGAAAUCAAUAUUUGGUGGAAUAACCCUGGUUGGUUUUUAAUCACAGUUUUUUGGUCGUAAUAUGAACAUGGCACAACCAGUGGACUAAUAGAAAUGCUCUAAAAAUUAAUUGGAAUAAAAUAUUUUUACAUUGACUUCUUUAAAAACAUAACAUUUCUUCUGUUUUGGAGAUACAAGGUUUUUGCAUCACCUAUAGUACUAUUUCUUUUAAUCUUAUGUCCUCAGUCAAUUAAGCACUAAGAAAUAUCAGUAGUAAAUGAUAUAUAUCACUAAGCAUAAACCAUGAUGGUGUAGCUUAAACAUAAUGAUGAUUAUAAUAAUAAUUAGGGUAAAGGUCAGAACAUUUUUGAUCUUUUGAUUCAUACAAUCAGAAAAUGCUGUUUUAAAAAUUAAACAUUGUUUAAAUUUGUAUUAUUUUAUUAUAUAUUAAAUUGGUUAUUUUCUUGGCCACACAUAGAGAUGGAUUAAUGCUGAAUGAUGAAUGAAAUGUUUUCUCUGAGUGCUGUUAGAAAUUCAGAUCUUCGAGGCUUUAACUCCGAUUAAAACAUUCCGGUUUGGGUUUUUAGAUUUUUUUUUAUUUAUUUAAUGUAAUUAUAUCAGUUCUGGUUGAGUUUUUGGUGAAAGCUUACAUUCCACUUUUUUCCUCCAGCUGUUCAUUCUGUAUUUUUUGUAUUUUAAAGACUUUUAUUUUAAAAAACAAGCUAAUAUGAGUUAAUAAAUGGUGUUGAUUUCUGAUA